GCACAGCUUUAUCAGAUUCUCCCGCCCAACUACUACAACGAGUACCCCACAGAACCAUUGCAGAUCAACCAAAUCCUACACAACAAACCCCAGAUCUACCACCUCAAAAUACAAAAUGCCUAUCUCCAGAAGCCCAAUCAUCUCCCUAGCCGCCGCAUUCUUCGCCACAGUUUUCAUCGGCUUCGGCGCAAACUACAUCUUCCGCCCAUAUGACGCAUUUGGCACCUUUGGCCUGCCAUAUGUCUCCAAUGCCGCCGACCAGGAGAUCAUCGACAGCUUCUGCAAGCUCUUUGGCGUGAAGGACCUUUUCAUGGGCUUCUCAAUCUUCUCCGCGCUCUUGUUCGGCUCGAGGAGGACGCUGGGCGCGCUAUUGAUCGCAUCCAGUGCGGCUGCGUUUGCUGAUGGCGCGAUUGUGAAGGCGCAUGCUGGAACUGGAGAGUGGAACCACUGGGGGUAUGGCAGUAUGGUCGGUGUUGUUGGGCUUUUGGCAUCUGGGAUCUUGGGAUGAAAUGAUGUCACUCACUCCUCAGAGGGAGAAGCCGGAUGAUCGUCAAUGAAGAGCUUUUAUUCGAACUCAGAAAAAUC